AUGACAACCCUGCAGAGCGUGGGCUUGACGGAUUCCGCCGUGAUUGGGGAAGAGUCACAAGUCACCAGACGAGGACGCAACGCCUUCGUAGAACACAGGCACGCCCGCGGAGACAGCCCGACCGACGCCGUACCGAGAGGAAUCCAGACACAAACAGAGCUCUCCGCUUUCAACAGCGAUCUGCCCGAAGGUGUUCGUUACAAUCAGGUUUCGUUACCACUUCAGGCCUUCGCUCGCUUCAUAAAUCCCAGCAGAAGCCCCUACACGGCCGACCCAAGCAGGAAAAUAGUAGAAUUUCAAAAAAUAGUGGGUAGCUUAAUUGAACUUGUCGAUCAACUGGCAAAAGCUGCUGAGAGCGAGAAGAUGAAGGCCAUUGGUGCACGAAAUUUGCUGAAGUCUAUAGCGAAGCAAAGAGAAGCUCAGGAACAGCAACUUCAGGCUUUAAUAGCUGAAAAAAAGAUGCAGCUGGAAAGAUACCGAAUAGAGUAUGAGACUCUGUGUAAAAUUGAAGCAGACCAGAACGAAUUCAUUGACCAAUUCAUUUUUCAGAAAUAGAGGACUUUAAGAUAAAAAAGAAACUAACUUGGAAGCUUGACCAUUCCAGAAUCUUGAGAAUUUAAAAAAUAUGCAAUUUUUCACUGUGUAUGAAUGAAGAGGUGGUUUGUACAAAUGGAAGUGUCUUUUAAUUCGGUGUGAAUUACACUAGAAGUGGCAAUAAGGAGGGCUUUCUAACAGGUGUAAAGACUGUUCUGUCCUUUGAUUUUAUAAAGUUUUGUACAGUCAGUAGUUCCAAUUCAAAUUAUAGUUGAAUUAAUACUACUGUUGCUACGUUAUGUCUCUCACUUUUUGAAGUGUACAGCUCUUUCAAAGAAAUCAGGAAAUAAAUUAUUGUUUUCAGACUUU